AAAACAGAACAAAAUUUUUUCUCGGUACAUUUUUUUCCAACAAGUUUCUUUCUUUUUUUUUUGUAUUCCGACAAAAACAAAAACAAAACAAAAAGAUGGCAAAUAGAUUUUUUCUUAAACUAGUUAUAUUAGGUGCUCCUGGUUCCGGUAAAGGAACCAUAUCGAAUCGUAUGAUACGUGAUUUUAAUCUUGCAUAUUUUGCUGUCGGUGAUUGUUUACGUGAUCAUAUGAAACAGCAAACAAAAAUUGGUAAUGAAGCAAAACGUUUUAUUGAACAAGGAAAAUUAGUACCAGAUAAUGUAAUAAAUCAAUUGGUUAUAAAUGAACUUUGUGAACGUUUUAAACAAAAAUCCUGGCUAUUAGAUGGUUAUCCACGUAAUCGUGAACAAACAUUAGAAUUAUGGAAACAACCAGAAGAAUUUCGUCCAAAUGCUAUUAUCAAUUUAAUUGUACCAGAUGAUGAAAUUAUUGAACGUAUUAAACAUCGUUGGGUACAUUUACCAUCUGGUCGUAUUUAUCAUAUGAUUUAUAGUCCACCAAAAAAUCCCGGUGUUGAUGAUGAAACUGGUGAACCAUUAACACAACGUAAUGAUGAUAAACCUGAUGUGAUUAAAGCUCGUCUAUUAGAAUUUCAUAAACAAAACGAUGAAAUUGUCAAAUUAUUUCGUGAAAAGAAAAUUGUUCAUGAUUUUGAAGGACGAGAAUCGGAUGUAAUCUAUCCUAAAAUUAAAAAUUUUCUGGAACAAUUCAUUCAAUCAAAUAAUGCUAAAGCAGCCUAAAUUAUAUCAACUUCAUAGUCAAAUUUAUAGAUUUUAUUUUGGUAAAAAAAACUAAAACGUUAUCCUUAAUUUAUAAAA